AUGACAAAAGAGUGUGAAGGGGACAAUAGUCCACAAUUACUUGAAAGUAGCUACCUCCACGGAACCCAGGCGUUCUCGGAUCUCGCGACCCCUGUCCACGGCGAGUACGGUGGAUCAGUCUCCGAUGCCUUCCGAAACCUCAGCCUCCACGUUACCCGUGCUUCCUUGGGUCUCGCAACCCCUGUCGACGGUGACGGCGGCGGAGGAUCCUGCAGCAAGCCGGCGCCGGCGCCCAAGAAGAAGUCCAAGAGGUCAAAGAGGGACGAAAACGCCAUCUGGACUAGGUCCACGUCCCGCAACCGCAAGAAUAAGAAGGCAGCUCCGCCGCCGCCGCCUGCCGCCCAGCCCUGGCCCGGCGCCGCCGGCGCCGAGGAGUGCGCGCCGGGGCAGCCCGUGCUCCUCUCCCGCGUCUUCAAGUCCGAGAGGAUCGUCCUCUCGGAUGACCGCCUCACCGCCGCCAGCUCCAAGGGCUACCGCAUGGUGCGCGCCACGCAAGGCGUCGCGGCCGGAGCGCGGUACUUCGAGGUCAAGGUCCUGCACCUCGGCUCCACCGGCCACACCUGCCUCGGGUGGGCAACCAACAUGGCGGACAUCGACAUGCCUGUCGGUUGUGGCGAGUAUGGCUUUGGGUACCGUGACACUGAUGGCGCAAAGGUGCACAUGAACUGGAGGAACAACUAUGGUCAUGAAGGGUACGGAAAAGGAGAUGUGCUAGGGUUCUACAUCUCUCUGCCUGAUGGCGAGAGGUAUGAGCCUAAAGUGCAUCUGAACAACAAGGGCAAGCCUUUUCUUGUGCAAGGGCAGGACGCACUGGCUCGUGUUCCAGGGAGUAAGAUAUGCUAUUUCAAGAAUGGGGUAAGCCAAGGCCUUGCCUUCGAGGACAUUUUAGGAGGGAGGUAUUACCCAGCUGGAUCGUUGUAUACUAUGCCCAACAAGCACAACUGUGUAGUAAGAUUUAAUUUUGGGCCCAACUUCAACUUCUUCCCACAAGAUUUUGGUGGGUUACCCAUCCCUCAACCAAUGAGUGAGGUGCCUCGUCAGGCCUUGAGGUGA